AAUCAAUAAUUAGGGUUAAGUCUCAUUGGAGCAAGGCGACCAAAAGAUCGCCACACAUUCUCAUCAUUGCAUUCGUCAUCGUCAUUCUUUGUGAUUCACUGCGUUGGUGGCAACUUGAAAUCCAAAAAGCUGAUGUGGAAUGAUGGCUGAUGAUGGAUGGGUGCAGCCAUGCAUAGAAUGAAUUCAAUCGAUUCCUCAUUCAUCACAACCCUCAAAUCACCAACUGAUAAGUGACUACGAUGAGACUUCAGGUUGCAGAAUCGGUCCUUGUCUUGGUAAGCCUUGUGGCUGCCACCACCUUGAGUACUACGCAAGCCUUCGUGCUUCCGAAUCCUGCCAGCUGCAGUGGCACUGCUCUGUCCAUGGCCAAUGGUGAGAAACGGCAAAAGCUUCGUUCCUUCGUUUCUCGUAAAAUUCUUCGUCGCGAUCCAAGUACUAGUAGUGGAAGCACAAUGCCAUCAUUGGUGCAGGAGAACGACAAAGCUACUGACGAACAAGUCAAGGUGGAAGUGAAACAACCCGAACUGAUUGAAGCCCUUACGGAAGCAACGACCCCCAGUACUAGUAUCACAGUGGCAUCUAGUGGAGGCGAAAAUCCAAGCCAAAAGCUACUGACUGGAAAGUGGCAGAUUGUUCCUCGUAGAACUCAAGACUACUCAUUGCUAGAUGCACUGGCUGAACUUGAUAUCGAAGUCUCUACUACCACUGCUAGUACGACUACCACGAGUACUCACACUGCUAAGAGUACCAGUACCACUACAAGUACCAGCAGUUCGGACGUUACGAGCCAGAUUGAUGAUCUCUUUACGACUGGCAAGCCCCAACAAGCAUUGGAUCUCAUCCAAUCCAAUCCUGACUACGAAAAGGACGCUGAGCUCUACUGGCGGUAUGUCAAGGCACACUACGAACUAUUUGCCACCUCUCAAGACAAGGCAGCCCAAGAAGACUAUCUACGCAAAGGUAUUGACGCCGCCACCAAGGGACUGGACGCUACCCAAUUCCCCAACAAUGGAUACCUACUCAAAUGGAAGGCCAUUCUCUUGGGAAAACUCGGCAGUUUCCAACCAACAAAAGAAAAAAUGCAAAAUUCCUUUCUCAUACAGUCCAGUCUCCAAAAGGCACAGCAACAGUUGCCCGAAGAUGCUUCCAUUCGACAAGCACUCGGGGAAUGGUGUUUCAAGGUCGCUGGCAUUUCUUUUGUCGAACGACAAGUCGCAUCGGUUCUCUUUGGACAGCCGCCACAAUCCACUUACGCGCAAGCACUCGACUAUUUUCAACAGGCAUUCGAAUUGAAACCCACUCUGGUGGCGGCCACCAAAAUUGCCGAAACCUAUGCCAAGAUGGGGCAAAAUGACGAUGCCAAAACGUGGCAACAAACGGCAGAGUCCUUGUCGUCGUCGUCAUCAUCAUCAUCGAACUAGAGUAGCUAGCAACGUAGCGAUGAACAGGCUUGACACGACCAAGGCACCGCUCUGCGUACAACGAGGAAGCAAUAGCACGGAUAGUUUAUCAAAAUGAUUCAAUGAUUUUAUUCUUAAAAUAGAGCUCCAGGGCACAGGAUCCAGGAGAAAGUUUUCUGCCUUUCAGAUAAGUCUUUCAGAUAUCAAGUCCUUUCUUCGUUCCAAAU